CUGCUCCGGGGGACGGCUGAGCCCGGAACGGGACACCACCCCCGUUCUGCUCCGGGGGACGGCUGAGCCCGGAACGGGACACCACCCCCGUUCUGCUCCGGGGGACGGCUGAGCGCGGUGCGCCAUGGCCGGCUUGGUGCUGAAGAACCGCCGAGCGACGCUGGAGCGGGUGGAAAAGUUCUUGUCUCCGAUUUAUUUCAAGGAUGUCAACCUGCGGGGCCGGCUGUUUGGUGCUCGCUGUCCAGUUGAAUCGCUGUCCUAUUUUAUGACACAGUCACGUAUCCCGUAUGAGGAGGCAGUGAGGGGAAAUUUUAAGGCUGCUAAAGUUGGAGAUUCUUUUGGACCAACAUGGUGGACAUCCUGGUUCAGGGUAACAUUCACCAUUCCACAGGAAUGGAAAGGCAAAGAGGUGCACUUUGUGUGGGAAAGUGAGGGGGAAGCAAUGGUUUGGAAAGACAACUCCCCAGUGCAGGGCCUUACUAAAGAAGGGGAGAAGAUUAGCUACAUCCUCUCAGAGAACCUGACAGAUGAAGAACCUCAUAGCUGGGAGCUGUAUGUAGAGCUGGCAUGCAAUGGACUGUUCGGAGCAGGCCAGGGCUCUAUGAUUGCACCCCCUGACCCACAGCGCAACUUUGUUCUCCACAAGGCUGAGCUGGUAGUUUUCAACAGGGAUGUUCAUGAACUACUCAUCGACUUUGAAAUCCUCCUGGACAUGGCAAAGUUCCUUGGCACUGAGAAUCAGCGCAGCUAUCAAGCGUUGUACACUGCUAAUAAGAUGGUAAACGUCUGUGAUGUUGCAGACCCCAGCACCUUUGCAGAAGUGCACAGAAUAGCCAACGCUUUCCUUCAGCAAAAGAAUGGGGAGAGUCAACACAUGGUGCAUGCAAUGGGACACUGCCAUAUUGAUACAGCUUGGUUAUGGCCAUUUGAAGAGACCAUUCGUAAGUGUGCUCGGAGCUGGGUGUCUGCAUUGCGACUGAUGGAGAGAAACCCAAACUUCAUUUUUACUUGUUCACAGGCACAACAGCUGGAGUGGGUAAAGAGCUGGUACCCAGGCUUGUAUGCACAAAUCCAAGAGUAUUCUCAGAAAGGGCAGUUCAUCGUCGUAGGAGGCACCUGGGUAGAGAUGGAUGGAAACCUCCCCUCUGGUGAAUCAAUGGUCCGACAAUUUCUCCAGGGUCAAAGGUUCUUCCAGCAAGAGUUUGGAAAACUUUGCGCUGAGUUUUGGUUGCCAGAUACGUUUGGAUAUUCUGCACAGUUACCACAGAUCAUGAAGGGAUGCGGUAUCACGCGCUUCCUAACUCAGAAGCUCAGCUGGAACUUGGUGAAUGAAUUUCCGCAUCACACAUUCUUUUGGGAAGGAAUUGAUGGCUCGAAGGUAAUCUCCCACUUUCCACCUGGGAACUCGUAUGAAAUGAAAUGCAGGGUGGAAGAGCUUCUGAAUACGGUUAAAAAUAACAAGGAUAAAGGUCGUGUUAAUCACAGUGCAUUCCUAUUUGGGUUUGGCGAUGGGGGAGGUGGACCUACACAAGACAUGCUGGAUCGACUACAAAGAAUACAGAAUACAGAUGGACUGCCCAGGGUAGAAUUGUCCACCCCAGAGACUUUCUUCUCCAUGCUGGAAGCUGAUACAACACUGCUGUGUACCUGGGUUGGUGAACUCUUCUUGGAACUGCACAAUGGCUCUUAUACUUCCCAGGCAAAGAUUAAAAUAGGCAAUCGUAAAUGUGAAUGUAUCCUUCGUAGUAUUGAAAUCAUGAGUAGCCUGGCUGCAGUCCAGAAAGAUGGCUUCCAGUAUCCAAGUUCCCAACUGCAACAACUGUGGAGACUAUUGCUUCUAAAUCAGUUCCACGAUGUACUCCCUGGCACCUGUAUUCAGUCUGUAGUGGAAGAUGCUGUAAAGAACUAUGAAGAAAUCCAGAGUAAUGGGGAUGAGCUUCUUAAAGAGGCCAUCCAGUGUCUCAUGGGUGGAUGUGUGCUAGAAACCGGGAGAAAUAUUCAUGUACUAAACACCCUGUCAUGGGAACGGACUGAAGUAAUCUCAAUGCCUCGACUGGAGGGAGAAGAAGUUUUGGCCUUGGUAAAAGUUCCCAGUGUAGGAUUUGCUACAGUGACCUGCCCUUUGGUCCCACCAAAUCCAGUUAUUGUCACUCCACAGGGAGAUGGUUCCAUAACCAUGGAGAAUGGAAUUCUCCGAGUUGAAUUUGAUGCAUUAGGCCGUAUGAUAUCACUUUUACAUUUACUUUACAAAAGGGAAACACUUCCUGAGGGCAGCUAUGGCAACCAAUUUGUGCUGUUUGAUGACAUCCCGUUGUACUGGGAUGCAUGGGAUGUCAUGGAUUAUCAUCUAGAGACAAGGAAACCUAUCGUCCAAGUUCUGCAACCUCCAGAGGUCGUGUGCUCAGGUGGGGUCAGGGGAAGUAUAAGGCACUCCAUCCGUAUCAGCGAGACCAGCAAGAUUCGUCAAGAAAUCAUACUGGAUGCCUGCUGUCCCUACAUUAAGUUUAAAACUGAGGUUGAAUGGCAUGAAACACACAAGUUUCUGAAGGUGGAGUUCCCCACAACAGUGCACAGUCCCAAUGCCACCUAUGAAAUCCAGUUUGGACACCUUCAGCGUCCGACGCACCGCAACACUUCGUGGGACUGGGCACGUUUUGAGGUCUGGGGACACAAGUGGGCUGAUCUGUCGGAGCAUGGGUUUGGCGUCGCAUUGCUUAAUGACUGCAAGUAUGGAUAUUCCGUGCAUCGCAACACAAUGACCCUCUCCCUAUUGAGAUCGCCAAAGUCCCCAGAUGCCAUGGCUGAUAUGGGUCAGCAUCAGUUCACGUACGCCAUCAUGCCCCACACAGGUUCUUACCAAGAGGCCAAUGUGAUCCAGUUUGCCUACAACAUCAACUACCCCUUGCACGUUGUACCUGCUGAACCCAGUGUCACUGCCCCCCGUUCCUGGAGUGCGUUUUCGAUCCUAUCUCCUGCCGUCGUUCUCGAAGCUAUUAAACAGGCUGAAGACAGGAACGAUGCUCUAGUUAUCCGACUGUACGAAUCUCACGGUAGCACAGUGGACACUUGGUUGCACACUUCACUGCCUGUUAAACAAGCACUUUGGUGUGACCUCCUGGAGCAGCCACUGGCACCCAAGCCUCUUCCCAUCAAAGAUUUUAAGAUCAAACUCUCCUUCACUCCAUUUCAGAUCCGUUCCAUGAUUCUCAUUUUCUGAUGUUGUAAUGUACAAAUGGUAUCAUAUGUAAUUAACACUUUGAUGUAUUGAGAUUCUUCUAUACAUAGAAUCAUGAACUCUGUGCUGCACAGUGAUGUGAAUAAAGAGCAUGCUCUGACAAAGUA